AUGCUGUCCAUUCUUUGCGCGAAGCACUUGGGGGCGACCGGCGUGGUUGCCACAGAUGGCGACGAGGCUGUUGUCGAUGCCAUCAGAACAAAUCUUUUUCUCAACGGACUUGAUGUCGAUGACACGUCCCGGAUUCAAGUGCGGACAGCCGCGCUGAGGUGGGGCCAUCCCAUUGACGCAGCGACCUUUCCCGAAGACUAUGGCAUGAGCGUACCAGAUGUUGUAGUGGGAGCAGACGUCACAUACGACAAGUCCGUCAUUCCGCGAUUGGUCUCGACUCUGGGAGAAUUCUUCUACUUGAACCCAGCGCUCGAAGCUCUGAUAUCUGCGACGAUUCGCAACGAAGAAACGUUCGAGACUUUUCUGAACGCGUGUAGGCGGAACCGUUUCAGCUUCGAGCAGGUUGAUUGCCCACCGGUGCCUGAACACCAACAGAAAGGGCCGUUUUAUCCAACUUCGACCCCGAUCCAACUGUGGCGUGUCACUAGAGGGCGAUACAUGGACGAUGCGUUUUCUGUUUGA